AGUAUGCCAUAACCAAAGUCCACUUUAGUUGAGUGAGCAGAGAGAUCACCAUCAGCAUGUCCGGCUCAGUCAACAUAGAAGUGUCUCCCCCUCCCUCAGGCCUUGAAGCAGAUUAUGAGACACUCUUCACUACUGAUGCUCUCCUCUUCCUUCAUGAGCUCAUCUCCACAUUUGAUGAGGAGGUGAAUCAGUGUCUGUGGUUACGAGUUGCCAGAAAGGCCAACUUGGAACUGUCAGGUGACCUGCCAGGUUUCUUGGAAGACACCUUAGACAUCAGAGGAGACCCGACGUGGAGGGUGCUCCCCGUACCCCCGAGACUCCAGAGAAGACAUGUGGAUAUUGGGGAUUUAGCCCCCUGCAAUAGUCAAUGCUUUGUCAAAGCUCUCAAGUCACCAGCACAAGGCAUACAGGUUGAUUUUGAUGAUGGGAACUGCCCUACAUACUACAACCAGAUCAAAGGCAUUCACAAUGUUUUUAAAGCAGUGCACAACCAGUUUCCUGAUGUUCCACACAUAUCUCAGGCUCCUGUGCUAAUGCUGCGUCCCCGAGCUUGGAACAUGGUGGAGCACAACAUGAUGGUGGCGGGUAAGGAGGCUCCUGGUCCUCUCUUUGACUUUGGACUUCUCAUGUUUCACUGUGGAAGGAAACUGUUCGAAAACAAGAGUGGACCCUUUUUCUACCUAUCAAAAAUAGAGAGCUUCAUGGAAGCCAGACUAUGGAACAAGAUAUUUGUUUGGACGCAACAGAAGCUUGGCCUUCCAAUUGGCAGCAUUAAAGCAACAGUGCUAAUUGAAAACAUAUUAGCAGCCUUUGAGAUGGAGGAGAUUCUUUAUGAGCUUCGGGACCAUUCAGCAGGACUCAACUGUGGCGUCUGGGAUUAUUCAGCCUCCUUUGUCAAUAAGUUUGGACACCGACUGGCCUUCUUGCUGCCUGACCGCAGUAAAUACGUCAACAUUGAGACGCGCUUCCUGCGUAGCUACAUGGACCUGCUGAUCCAGACAUGUCAUCGACGGGGAGCACUGGCCACAGGAGGCAUGUCUGCUCUCCUCCUACCUCAGGACCCACUCUCUGAGUCCCACAGGACAGUGUUGGCUACUGUCAACAGACUGAAGCUGAUAGAGAUCAAGGCAGGUGUGGAUGGUUUCAUGGUUUAUGAUCUGAACCUGAUAGAGCCCAUGCAGACACUUUUCAAACUUCACACUGAAGGUGAUAAUCAACUCCACCAGCUUCGAAAUGAUGUCACUGUGACUCCUGAUGAUCUACUCUCCAUACCUAUAGGAGGAAUCACCCUUGAUGGUUUGAAGUAUAACAUUGCAGUUGGAGUACUCUUUAUUAAUGCUUGGCUCUCGGGUGAAGGUGUAUUUUUCUACAGAGGCAGUGUCGAAGAUUCAGCCACAGCAGAGAUUUCCAGAUCCCAGGUGUGGCAGUGGAUCCGUCAUCACUCACAGUUGGAGGAUGACAGCAAGGUGGUGAACAGGCAGCUGGUGACUGCCUUCCUAAAGGAGGUCAUGGUGGAGCUCAGCAGUCUGUGCCAUUCUUUUAGGGAUAAGCAGAGGUUACUCACAGCAGCAGAGAUGUUCCUAGAGAUGGUCCUCAAGAGAGAUUUCCCAGAGUUCAUCACCACCUACUUGAAUGAGGACCACACCUUUCUCAGCUGUCAGAGCACAACGCCGGCAGCAGCUCUGGAUAGACAUGUGCACCGUUCCAACCUGUGAUGGUCGAGCUGACACACAGCUUUAUGUAAACACUUUCGAUAGAUACAGCCCAUCUUACCACAGGAUCACACCAGCGCCAUAAAUAACAACUGUGUAUUCAUGGUUCUGAACAUUAGCACGUUGAGGGGCCUCGUGGCUGCUGUCACAUUUGAACCGUGGACCUGCAGUUUUUUGUAGUGUAUUUGUCUUGAAUGAAAAUAAAGUACCACAUCAAGAGAA